AUGGCAACGCAUAUCGAUGACAAGACGUCACCUGGCGCAAAGCUUCUCCAAGACAUCGUCAACACACACGCAUCCUGUACACCUUUGCCCUUGGGACGAGAUAGCGGUACCGAAAUAUACAGACAGCGCAGUCAAGAACAAGAGAAGAUGCAGAAUCCAACCUUGAAGAGAUGGGCAUCCGGCACCCACGCAUCCAACCCAAGGCGAACGUCAAAUGGGUACAUGUCGAUCGAGGAAUAUGGGCUGAUUGGAAACAUGAGAACAUGUGCAAUGGUUGCAACAGAUGGAGGUAUCGACUACAUGUGUUGGCCGCACUUCGACUCGCCCUCGGUGUUUUGCCGGAUCCUGGACAAGAAUAAGGGUGGGCAUUUUACUAUAGGCCCCACAAGCGACGAGCUUUGUACCACCAAACAGCACUAUCUGCCCGCAAGCAACAUCCUCCAAACACGUUACCUGAAAGAAGAUGGUGUCAUGAACGUCGUGGACUUCUUUCCCCGGCCAAACAACAAGACCUAUGAUGUGUCAUACCAUACCAACGUAAUCGCAAGCAAUCAUACUGGAAAUGUACCCGAACGUCCGGACUUGCACAAGUGGUUAGUCAGGCGAGUGGAAUGUAUGCGGGGCAUAGUUGAUGUGAAUGUGGAAGUAUUCCCUGCAUUCAACUAUGCACAAGACAACCAUACUACCGAGAUUUGCGUCUUGGACAAGGCUGCAGGGGGCAGUUGCCUGCAACGGGUGAGUUUCACAUCCAAAGACCUUGCUCUGGAAUUGAAUGCAACAAUCGACUGCGGGGACGAACAAGAAAGUGCUUGCCCAAAUGUGGUUUUCGAGAAGACGCCACAGUCACAGGGCUUGGGUGAUGGGGUCACGGCGUCCUUUACGUUGUAUGAAGGCCAGGCCGUGUCGUUCAUCCUGCGCGAUGCAGCUGAUCACAGCCCGGAUAUCAUUGAAUCUGCACAAGUCAACGAGUUGCAAUUGAACACCCAGAAAUUCUGGGCUAGGUGGAUUCAACAGAGUAAAUACAAGGGCCGAUGGGAAGAAGUAGUGACGAGGAGUUUGCUGAUUCUCAAGAUGUUGACCUUUGAGCCUAGUGGAGCAAUCGUUGCUGCGCCAACUUUCUCUCUCCCAGAAGCAUUUGGCGGAGCGAGGAACUGGGAUUAUAGGUACUCAUGGGUACGAGAUGCGUCUUUUACCAUCUACAUUCUGUUACGCAUGGGCUUCAGUCAUGAAGCUGAGGCGUACAUUAGCUAUAUCUUCCAACGCGUCAAGGAAGCCAAAGAACGGGGCGGUCAACUUCCCAUCAUGUUCAGUAUAACCGGAAACCACGAUUUACCCGAGAUCGAGCUUCCACUGGAGGGUUACAGAGGAAGUAAACCCGUCCGUAUUGGCAACGGUGCUGCAUUGCACACCCAGCUCGACAUCUACGGAGAAUUGAUGGACGGUAUCUACCUGGCAAACAGGUUCGGCCGACCCGUCUCAUACGACCAUUGGCUUUCGGUCCGUGAGAUAGCGGAUUAUGUCUGCACUAUUUGGGAUCAACCGGACCAAUCGAUUUGGGAAGUGCGGAACAAGCAGCAGAAUUUUGUUUACAGCAAAAUAAUGUUGUGGGUAGCGCUCGACCGUGCAUUGCGCCUUGCAGACAAGCGGAGUUUCCCAUGCCCAAACCGAGCAGAGUGGUAUCGCGUCCGCGACAUAAUCUACGAAGAAGUCAUGGAAAAGGGGUACAACUCGGAACUCGAGUGUUUCGUGCAAAGCUACGAAUCAAAUGAUGUGCUGGAUUCGGCUGUGCUAAUUGCACCGCUGGUCUUUUUCAUCUCUCCGACAGACCCUCGGUUCCUGAAGACGCUCGACCGCAUCCUGAAGCCGCCUGAGAAAGGCGGUCUGACAAGCACGGGCUUGGUGUACAGGUACAAUCACACCAAGAGUGACGACGGCGUAGGAGGAUUGGAAGGGGCCUUUUCAAUGUGCACCUUUUGGUUGGUAGAAGCGUUGACCAGGGCCGGCGCGUAUGAUGACAAGUAUCUGAUACAGGCCGUGACGAUCUUUGAGAAUAUGUUGAGCUUUGGGAAUCACCUGCAUAUUUUCUCAGAAGAGAUUGCGCGCUCUGGUGAGCAACUGGGCAACACACCUCAGGCUUUCAGUCAUCUGGCGCUGAUCUCGGCGGCGUUCAAUCUCGACAAGACGUUGAGUCAGCGGCGGUCGUGA